GAAUUAUAUUCGGAAAUUGUUUUGUUGGUCGUAUGGUCUGUGAAACGUCAUUUUAAACAAUUUAGGUUAACACUUGCGUUAUUACAAUAUCUUCACAUUGAAAAUGGAUUUGUCAAAGGUACCUAACGAAAAAAAACUUAACCUUUGUAGAUGGUAUUUUCGAGCGGGUUUUGCUUUGCUACCCUUUCUUUGGACUGUAAAUGCUAUUUGGUUCGCCAAAGAAGCCUUCGUUGCACCUCAUUAUGAAGAACAAAAGCAGAUUAAAAAAUAUGUGAUAUUUUCUGGCAUUGGUGCUGUACUAUGGACAAUUGCACUGUUAGCUUGGAUCAUUACAUUUCAAACACAAAGGGCUGCAUGGGGUGAAUUUGCAGACUCCAUUAGCUACAUUAUACCAAGUGGCAUUCCAUGAUUAUUUGAACUGUGAUUAAUAAAUGCAGUACUAUAAUUUAUUCAUAUUUGUUUCUUAAUAAUGACCAAUAUGGUACUGACAAUAAAAUCAAUGAUUUAGUAUAA